ACGCCACAAAAUUCCUUCAGACUACCCUAUGCAUACUCCUUCAGCGCGAUCGAUUUUUGUCUCGAUAUAUUAAAUUGAACUUUUGCGAUUUCGUCGAUCUCGUCGCGUCGCGUAAAAUUUUCGUGAGAAACCCGCGGAGGGCCGAAUCGUACAAAUAUGGGACGGGAACAGAAGGUUCUGACGCUGAACGAUGUCUGGCGUACUUGCAACAAGAUACGAGCCGCCGUGUUUCGCGUCGGGCUCAAUCUUUGGGAAUACUACAAGUCCCUGGAUCCCGACAAACGUUGUUUAAUAUCAGAGUCCAAAUUUAUCUCCGUUUUGGCUGGACCAUUAAAAGGCGUGAUUGGCUUAUCGGAUAAAGAGAUCUGCGAUCUGACGGAUUAUUUUCGAAUUCAGGACGGUCGGAUUCUUUAUUCGCAAUUUUGCGAACUUAUUCACGAUAGCGUUCCUGAUUUUGGAAAAAACAAAAUUCUGAUGACUGGUUUAGAAUGGGAUGAUCCGCUGCAUGUAAAUGUUUUGAGCGGCACGGAAACGCGAAAAUUAAAUUUAAUACUUACUCAAAUCGCUGUGUUGGUGGGCAAAAGAAAAAUUAUUUCUCGGCCAUACUUUCAAGAUUACGAGCUGAUCGCGAAGAAUGUCGGCACAGUUACUCUCGCCCAUUUCGGUCGGAUUUUAAAAUUUCUGGGCAUCGUCCUUGGCGCUGAGGAGUUUCGCCUGCUCGUAAAAAGAUUUGCCAAAAAUGGUUAUACUGUGAAUUAUGUAGCGUUUUUGAAAACUAUCGAUGACGUCCAACGCUAUUUAGACGAACAUGGAAUGGUAGAUCUUAGCGGGGAAUUGCUCGAUCAAUUUCCGGGUCGAAUUACGGCCGAGCUGCCGAAACUCCCUCGACUGGAAAUCGGUAAGGUCACACCCAGUCAAGUGUUCGGUAAGCAAACGAUAUUCCAUCCGGUGAUGGAACGGACGAGAGAGACGAUGCCCACCCUGGAAGUUGUGAAACGCAUCCAGAGGCACAUUCUCGAGCAUCGCAUACGGAUCCACGAGUUCUUCAAGGGUUUCGAAUAUCUGAAUGCCGGUCGAGUGACCAUCCCGCAGUUUCGAAGAGCGCUGGACGCGCUUCAGAUAUCGUCAUUGGGCCGUCUGUGGCUGGUCGAACCGGAAGUUGAUGCCCUGAUCGAGCUGUACAAGGAUCCGGAUGAUCCCGAGUGCGUGUGUUGGCGCACGUUCGAAGACGAUAUAGAUCAGGUUUUCACAGUGAAGGAACUUGACAAAUUGCCAAGUCUAAAAGUGGAAUCGCCGCCUCAAGAAAUAGCUGAAUUACCGCGAAGGGGUAUGUCAAAUUGGCAGUGCCAGCCGAAGAGUAUGAGAGACCUUUGUGAAGAUAUUUUACAGAGGGUAAGGCGGCGAGUCGAAGAGAGAAGAAUUCUCUUGAAGCAAUUUUUCAAGGACUACGACAAACGUAAUUGCGGUCACGUGUCACGGGCUCAAGUAAGACAAGUCCUUAUUACGGCGACCAUACUCUUGUCUAGCGAAGAAAUAUUCACUCUGGAACAAAGGUACAACGACGAUCUGGGCUUUAAUUACACUCUCUUCCUCGAGGAGUUGGAGCCUCAACCGAUCGUGGAGCCUUUGUACCAUCGCAUGUUGGAGGAUAAGAAGAGACUUAACGCUGAAAAGCCACCGACUGAACCUCACGAGGAUGAGACCAACAUCGUAUUGAUUUUAGCUAAAAUUAAAGCUAAAGUCGUGCGCGAAAGAAUUAAUGUUCUCGAAUUUAUGCGCCAAUUCGAUAGACACAAUCAUUUUGUCAUUACAAGGUCUGAUUUUAUUAGAGGUCUAGAUCAGCUUUGUUGCGGUUUAACAAUUGCGGAAGUAGAUGCGAUUACAAGAAUUUUUCAGUCGUCUCUAAAAUCCGGCUUCAUUGAAUACACAAAAUUCGCGGCAGUUAUGGAAGAAUCCGUUGCGACAGGAGGUUUGGAAAAGGCUCCGCUCGUGGUUCCCUUGCAACACGUGCCCUCCGAGGCGAGUGCAAGAACCUUCCUGAAUUUUGACGAACGACAGCUGGUGGCAAUCGCGAUGGACAAACUGUGCCAAGUGCGGAGUCCGAACCUGGAGGAGAUCUUCAAAGACUACGAUAAGGAGAAUAACGGCACAGUUUGCAAGGGGCGCUUAAUCAGAACAUUAUCAGUCAGACGAAUGCUAGAGCUUAUCAAUACCAAUGAGUUGGACGCCGUACACAAGUGCUUCUCCGUGGAGAGAAGCGGCCGCUUGGAGUUCAACUAUCGAGCCUUCCUGCGCGCUUUGCACCUGUUACAAGAGAACAAAAAGAUCUCGCCCUUUUAGAAGACAUGGUUGACCUGGUUGCAAAUUCAAAAACUGAGAAUAUACCUUCUAGCUAUUACACCAUGUAUAUUACGUUAAAUAGUUUAGGCCAAAUUAUAUAAUGCAGUUGUAACUAAAGGACGUUUUAAGUUCCACGUUCUUUGAGUAUUUAUGUGCCAUGUAGAAAAAAAUAAGUAGAGAGAAAAACAGUUGUCUAAUUUUCUAGACAGUUUUUAUAUGUUAAUUUUAUGAUUCUUACAUAUUUUUGAUAGUAUUGUAAAAAAUAUAUCUCUUAACAAACAAAACAUCUUUUUAAAAAUUUUUUCAUGAUUAUUUAACUGGCUUUUGACUGCAUGAUGAUUUAAUGCGAACUUUUUCAUUGACACAAAGCUUAUAUAUGUUUCAGAUACUUAAUAUAAAAUUAAACACAC